UCGGCCGCGUCCCGGCGCUCCCCUCCCGCCGGGGCCUGGGGCGGCACCGCGCCCGCCGCGGGUUGACCUCCGUGGCGGCCGUGUUUGCCCCAUGUGCUCGUAGGAAAAUCAGAAGUAAUGCCAGGAAAAGAGAGUUUUCCUGGCGGGAGAGGAAGCGGUCUGUAACAAGCUGGUGGAUCGGAAGCUCUGUCUGUCUGUGUGCGCCCACCCUUCCUCGGGAGAUGUCCAAUGUUUCCAGCUAUGCCCUUCGCAUGGCCCGGCUGAGUGCCCAGAUCUUCGGCGAAGUUGUCAGGCCAACAGACUCCAAAUCCAUGAAAGUGGUGAAGYUGUUCAGUGAGCAGCCCCUGGCCAAGCGGGAGGAGGUGUACAACUGGUACCCCCCUCACAACACCUACUACGCCCUCAUGAAGAAACUGCGCUACUUYGGGCUCUACAGGGAUGAGCAUCAGGAUUUUAGGGAGGAGAUGAGGCGAUUGAAAAAGCUCCGUGGGAAGGAAAAACCAAAGAAAGGGGAAGGAAAGAGAGCACUCAAGAAGAAAUAGCACUGUUUGAACAGUGUAACUGACUACUCUGGAAAUGCUGGGGAACAGCUGGAGAAGGCUUGGCAUGUGAGCUGCCUGUGGGGCACAAGAAACACACCAUGAAACAGUGGAGUCCACCUUGGGAAUGCGCUUGGGUCCUUGAAGUUUUACUGGUUUUGAAUUUCUGUGCUUUAAAUAUACUGUAUAUUUUAGCAGAGUAAUAAAAAAGUGCUCGAUUUUUCUUGAAACUGUUGUAGCUGUUUCAGUUUUUCUUGGUCUGGAAAUCUGUUUGCUUUUCAUUGCCUCUUUUCCUUUUUUUUAUAUUAAUAUCAACACAACAACACAAUGUUCUCCAUAUGGGCACAAAUAAUAAGGAUAUCUUCUACUG